AUGAACGAGAUCUACCCGCUGGCGGUGCCCAAGGGGCGGAAACUGAAGUGCGAGGUGUGCGAAGCCCCGGCCGAGCGAGUGUGUGGGGCCUGCACGGUCACCUAUUAUUGUGAUGUUGCGCAUCAGAGAGCUGAUUGGGCCAGCAUUCAUGAAAAAAUAUGCCAGCUCCUGAUCCCCUUGCGCACAACGAUGCCCUUUUACAAUUCAGAAGAAGAACGGAGGCAUGGUCGGGAGCAGCUACUGCAGAGGCAGAAGCAUUUAAUUGAGCUGUGUUAUAAAGUAGCUCAGAAAUAUCUCUUUGAAGGAAAACAUGAAGAAUCUGUCCCUGCAGCUUUGCAUUCACUGCGUUUCCGCAUUAAUGUGUAUGGCCUGAAUUCAGUCCAGUUAGUGCCUGCUUACCUGCUGUUAUCUGAGGCCAGUAUUGGUCUUGGCCACAUUGUCCAGGCAGAGGAAUACCUCUCCCAAGCCCAGUGGACUGUUCUCAAGUCGACUGAUUGCACUGAUGAAAUUCGUUCUCUCCUACAUCGGAACCUGGGGAUCCUCUACACAGCCAAAGAAAACUAUGAAGACGCACGCUAUCAUUUGGCCAAUGAUAUUUAUUUUGCCAGCUGUAUCUAUGGAUCAGAUGACAUCAGAACCUCAGGAGCAUACUUCCUCAUGGCGAAUGUUUUCUUUCACCAGAAGAAGCUGGAUAUAGCAGACUCGCUGUACACAAAGGUAACUGAUAUCUGGCAUACAUUUUUAGAUCAACAUAUUCAAAAUCAGCUGCAUGCUCGCAAGAAACCAGCAGAUAUCUUGGCCAAGGAAUUGGAAAAUGACACUGGUUUAGAUGAACCCCAGGAAGCAGAAGCAGUUCACACCCUGGAAACCAUCUUGGAAAUCCGAGAACACACACAGAAUGAAAAGCCAGAGGUCAUUCUUAAAAUCAAGAAAACGGUGGCAAUGCUUCAUUACCUAAUGAUGAAUUUAUCUGAGGCUCAUGAACUUGCAGUGAAAGCCUACCUUUUAUCUAAAGAUCUACCCAACAAGAAAGAUGAAUCUGAAGCCCUUCGAGAGCUGCUAGGCCUCAUUGCUUCCAAAAACCCAGUGACCUUGAAAGCGUCCAAGUUCUUCGCCAACUAG